ACGACAGACUUCUACUUCUACUAUAGAAGCUUGUAAGGAGAAGGGGAUUCGUUUUGUGUGCGGUAUUCACUGGUAUUCCCCUUAAACGGCAGAAAUUAAUGCCUUCUGACGUUCUAGAAUUGUUUAACAGACAAUUUGUUUACUAUUAGGGCUAUUCAGCAUCAAUUUACGUUAUUUAUGACGGAAAAUGUAUCGCGCAAGAACAUGGAGCAAUUUGAGAAUCCUGACCAUGUGCCCCUUGAAAAACUGAAGCUAAAAAUCAGAACUAAUGGUGUUGUUGAGAAUAUCAAUGCUUUGGAUAAAAGGUGGGCAGAUGAACAUUAUUUUUUGAAUUAUGAAGCUCCUAAACUAUAUAAUGAAGAUGGAUCUGAAAUUAUGGGGGCUAAAAAGCAUUGGAUAGAAAUUGUCAAAUAUAUGAUCGAUGAUUUAAAAUGGUUACUUAGUCUUCCACAUUACAGGUUCUGGUCGAACAUUGUAUACAAUACCUCGAUAAUAAAUUCAUUGGUAUCUUUUUUACAAGAAGCACCACCAUUUUAUGCUUUAGAAAGUUUUCCAAACUAUCCAGAAAUGUUGAAACUUCUAGAAACUCUUCGUCGCUAUGUACUUGUGGUUUUCUCACGUUUUGUUACAAAUAAGGAAAGCACUGGAGAAUACAUCAGCCGUGAAUUUCUUGGAAACUUAUUGUAUGAAAACUACAUAUUUACGAUACCAAUUAUCUUUGACCUCUGUCAACUUUAUGGCAGAGAAAAUGGAAAAGUAAUGGAGAAAAUUUUAAAUUGUUUAUUUACAUUAGAGCCACGGUAUAAUAACGAUCUUCAAAAAGCUGUUCCUUGUCUUAUAGAGGCUCUUGAAAAUGUUGAAAUAAAAUUCACUGGUUGUUAUGUUUGCAAUACCAACAAAGCAGUCUCACUACCAAAACAGGGUACUAGUUCCACAGAACUUACAUUAUUUAAUUUAGAAGAUAUGAUAUUAUAUGUAUUAGAUAUAUCAUCAACGAUUGCUGUGUUUUUAACAAAUUACCCUCCUGCAGUGAGUACAUUUCAUAGAGAGGAUUUUAUGAAUAAAAUUGUUUCGAUAUAUGAGAGCACAAUACCUGAAAUGUAUAAAAAAUUAGAUAAGUUAGGGAAUAACGACGCAAACAUACCGAAAUAUAUGGAACUGAAGCAUAGAUUGGAUGUGAUAAGGGUUGAAAUUUUACACCUUUUUCGCACUAUACUGUACGGACCCAUACAAAAUGUUCAGGAAAAUUUAAAUACAAUGACAGAAGCAGGGAUAAAGGAACGUGUGGAAGAAUAUCUUACAUUUUUAACCAGUGUCAUUUCUGAGAAAGAAUUUAUUACAGAUUACGAUCAGUUUUAUCCAGUUGCAACGGAUCUCGGAAUAUUGUCGAGUAUUUGUCCUGAAGUUGAUGCAAUAAAAUGUAGUUACAUAUUUAACUCAAUAUGUGCAAUUGUUGAAAACCCCAAUGCUCCAUUUACUGCUUAUGCGAAUAAUUUAGCUGAAAGUGUUGCUGGUCCUAGUGGUAUUCAAAAUCAAUUAGUAGCACCUAAAGAUAAUAUAAGUCUCUCAAAUGAAAAAGAAAUAAUGAAGGACCCUGUUAUAUUGGACUCUCUUAUUUCUGAAGUUAAAGAUAUUUUAUUUCAUCUAAACGAACAUUUCAUACAGUUAUGUUUGGAUCAUUACAAAUAUGAUACUGCGUCUGUGAUAAACGCUGUAUUAGAAGAUACAUUACCACCCCAUUUGAAAGAAUUGAAAGACUUAAAACCGGCAAUAAACGAUACACCACCAGAUUACACGGAGGCGUCAAUCAACGAAGAUCUAGCUUUGAACAUUGGAGAAUUGAACAUGCUCAGUGACGACGAUGACGAUAUUAACAAUAUUAAACCCCAUGAAAUCGUCGAAGUACCCAAAGACUAUAUAGUGAAAAAUUAUAGCCUUGUAAUAGAUGAUUACGAGGAUGAAUACGAUGACGCAUAUGAUAGUAGAGAUGUACGUGGCGUUGCACGCGACGAUUCCGUCGAUAUAGAUUCGAGACCCUUUACGACACCAAGAGUGCUCCUUGCUAUGCAAAAGACCGAAACUGUUGACGAAUCGGAAUCUGAGGACGAAGAUGUAGGAGCAGAACAGAACGGUAAAGAUCAUUUUAUACAGAACCCAGCUGAACAACGAAGGCAACAAGCUCAUCGAGGCGGAAGGACUUCAAACGUGGUCGGUAAACCCAGAGGUCAAGGGCAAGAGAAGGAUAUCUUAUAUAAUAGACAACAGAAAAAUACCCAUAAAUCAACACGUGCUAACCACAAUCGACGUUCUGGUGCGCAAUACAAACGAAACCAAGGAAUGGUUCCAUCUUAAAUUUACUUAUACUUUUACAAUAUUAAUGUAAAUAUUGCCAUGUGAUAAAUACAUUCGUACCUACGAUAACUCCACGGCAUUUAGUACCUUCGAUAUAUGAAUUUUCAUUAAUUCUUCGAAACCUUUGU